AUGAGUGAGCUCCAGCUCAUCCUCAGCCCGGCGCAGCUCACGAAACACUAUGAACUGCUACAAUUUCUCAGCCGGCACCCGAACCAGCCGUACACCCUGGCGCAGCUGGACUCUCUCCUGCCACGCGGGGUGGCGUUGCAGGGGUUUCCAAAGGAGUGGUUCUCGCUCAUCGAGGAUGGUGCCUGUUGGCACCGCAGCAUUGAGCUCCAUCGCAACUACAGUGCGACUGCCUCCACUGCAGCAGCACAUCUGAAUACGGGGGCGGCACAAGACGGCCCGUCCGCCUCUUCUCCGUUGGGGUUCAACUCAACAGCGGCAGAGAGAGCCAAGUAUGUGCUGCUGUGUGCUCGUGCCGAGGUCAAUACACUGGAUGAACUACGCAAGCGCAUCGAUUCCCCAUCCACGCUGCUGGACCCGGAAGGCUGCGUGGCGUUGCACACCGAUCAAAUUGUCAUCUCCACCGCACUGAUCCGGCGAGCGGUGCGAACAGGGCUGGUGCACUACUUCCCUGACACGUACGACAAGGCAGAGUACAAACAUUUCGGUAUGCGAGACGCUUCAUCUUCAGCCAGUGGUGGCGCGGCAGCGGGAUCUGGCCCGGAAGGGCGCACAGGCAACAGCGGCGGCAGCAGUCGAGCCAACGUUGGUCAAGCCACCUCGUCUCUACUGGAGUCGUUCCUGGAGCGCGAUGAAGCCCAUGGCGAAGGGAGGAACGGUGGUGGUGAUCGCAUUUACGUUGCCCUUCCACCUGGCGUCUGUGUACACCAUCGCCUGCUCACCCGCCGCGGUGUGCCGGAGCAGGAGGCAUACUCACUGCCGACGCGCUUCUACGUGGGGGAGCGUGUGCAGAUCCUCUUUGACAACCAGGUCGCCGUGAAGAAGCUGGGGUUGCCGAACGAGCUGCGCGUUGACUGGUCGCUGGCAGGCGUGAAGCUCCCAAACACGGGUGACACCCGCCAGACAGCCGGGGAGAGGGGGACGAGCCGACUGGAGGCGCUGGCGGCCGCGCCGCCGCCACCACUGCGGGUACGCAGAGAGAACCUUGCAGUGCACAGCACUCCAGCAGUGGCAAAUGCGUCGCCAUCAGCGGUGACGGAAGCCUCUGCCGCAGCAGAUGCGCCGGCGCCAAUCAUUUUCAGCACGAAAGUCAAGAUGGAGAUCGAGGCGGUGCAGGCCUGCUUAGUCAAGUUGAUCCUGACGGUGAACGGUGUGGAGAAUGUGCUGAACCUCGAGGUGCGGGACGAGGCGGUGAGCCUGCCGGGCGUACUGGUGCUGCGCGACCGCCACCUAGAUAGUUUUUCCCUCCCAGAAAAGAGCGUCCUUGCAGACCCUAUUGUAAACCCCUCACCUUCAUGGCAGUAUCCGUACGAGUCGGUGCUGCGCGCCGCGUGUUCAUCGUUGCCGAGUAACAGCCGCGACGACAUUGCAGCACAAUGGGCGAGCGCGGCUGCUGAGCCGUGGUCAGAGCUUGUUCCUCUCCCCUGGACGCAGAACCCAUCCCCGGCCGUGCUGGCGCUGCGGGAAGCGACGUACCCCGCUCAGGACGCCACCGUCCGCGCCGCCACGCGCGCCGUCUUCUCCGCGCAGUCACUUGCCGACGAAGCGCGUCUGCGACAGACGAAGGCGCGCGUGCGUUGCGAGGCUGACGCUCGCGCCGGCAGUGGUGGUGGUGGAAAGCGGCGGCGACGACAGCAGCUCCGCAGCAACGUGAUGCUCAGCAACCGCCAUCUCCUCCACUUUGGCCUUGACUUCUCCAUUCCCUUUGUGAAUCUACGCCAGUAG